CUUUAAAAGUGUUCCUUUUAAACUCACGUACAUAACUUAUGUUCUAUUGGCUUCUAAUUAUGCUUUUUCUUUUCUACCUCUCCUUUGUUCAGGUCCAUCAUGAAUAAGAGAUGGGACUCAAACUCUUCAGAAAACUGGCAUGAUAUUUGGAGUGUCAAUGACACAGAGUAUCACCUAUACUCAGAUAUCAAUAUCACCUAUGUGAACUACUAUCUUCACCAGCCUCGAGUGGCAGCAAUCUUCAUUAUUUCCUACUUUCUCAUCUUCGUCCUGUGCAUGGUGGGAAAUACAGUAGUUUGUUUUACUGUGAUGAGGAACAAACAUAUGCACACUGUCACUAAUCUCUUUAUCCUGAACCUGGCAAUAAGUGAUUUACUGGUUGGCAUAUUUUGCAUGCCUAUCACGCUGCUGGACAAUAUUAUAGCAGGAUGGCCCUUUGGAAGCACAAUGUGCAAGGUCAGUGGAUUCAUCCAAGGAAUAUCAGUUGCGGCUUCAGUCUUUACUUUAGUUGCCAUAGCUGUGGAUAGGUUCCAGUGUGUUGUCUACCCUUUUAAACCAAAGCUCACUAUCAAGGCAGCAUUUGUCAUUAUUGUGGUCAUCUGGGUCCUGGCCAUUGCCAUUAUGUCCCCAUCUGCAAUAAUGUUACAUGUAGAAGAAGAAAAAUAUUACCAAGUGAGACUCAACUCCCAGAAUAAAACCAGUCCAGUCUACUGGUGCCGGGAAGACUGGCCAAAUCAGGAAAUGAGGAAGAUCUACACCACUGUGCUGUUUGCCAAUAUCUACCUGGUUCCCCUGUCCCUCAUUGUCAUCAUGUAUGGAAGGAUUGGAAUUUCACUCUUCAAGAUGACAGUACCCCACACAGGCAAGCAGAAGCAGGAACAGUGGCACAUGGUGUCCAAGAAGAAACAGAAGGUCAUUAAGAUGCUCCUGAUCGUAGCCCUGCUUUUUAUUCUCUCCUGGUUGCCUCUGUGGACACUGAUGAUGCUCUCAGACUACGCUGACCUGUCUCCAAAUGAGCUGCAGGUCAUCAACAUCUACAUCUACCCUUUUGCACAUUGGCUAGCCUUUUGCAACAGCAGUGUCAAUCCCAUCAUUUAUGGUUUCUUCAAUGAGAAUUUUCACCGUGCUUUCCAAGAUGCUUUUCACCUCCAGCUCUGCCAAAAAAGAGCAAAGCCCAAGGAAACCUACACUCUAAGAGCUAAAGACAAUGUGAUCAUAAAUACAUCUCAUCAGUUAGCCCAGGGACUUACCAUUCAAAAUUUGCAUGAGGAAAAUUUGCCUUGUAGGAAAAGUACUGAAAAACCCAAACAAGAAUUGAUGAUGGAAGAAUUAGGGGAAGCUACUCACAGCAAUGAGAUUUUAAAAGAGCUGGUAUAA